GGUCAUAAUCAAUGAGAGUAUAAAAAUCCAGCGAUACUGAUGUUAUAUAUACAACAACUCGAAUCGCGGAAGUCAAAUACGGAGAAACGACGCUUCACUGUCGACUGGCGCCAUGAAGACCUUAAUCUGUGUCGCUGCCUUCUUGGUAAUUUGCGAAGCUGGACAUCCGAAUCUGAGCUUUCUGCGAGCUUUGGUACGAGGCGAGGAUGGCGUUUCAAGAACCGACUUCCCGGCGUACGAAGACAAGUGCACGAAGAUCCGAGAAUGCAUAAGUUGUUCCGAAGCGAAGGUGUGUUUGCCGAAUGGCGAGCCGAUUGGGACAGUGAAUUGCUCCGUCUGGAGCCCUUCGACGCCAUUCUGCGACCCGGAGAACGGUCUUUGCACCUCUGAGGAGCCCUCGAGCUGCGCGGAGAAACAGAGACCGUUCCCAUGUCCGCCCCAGGAUGGCACUUAUCCGGACCCGGAGGACUGCGGGCGGUUCCACUACUGCGUUGGUGGCAAGGAUACGACGAUAGUCUGUCCGAAGAGGAACGUCUAUGACCACAGUCAAGGGACCUGCAAGCUUCGCCGACGGCUGUCUGACUGCGUGGAAUUCAACUGCGUCCACAGAGAGGGCGAGGACAUUUUGUAUCCCGAGGAUGAUCGCAUCUGGGCGACUUGCGCCGCUGGCAAAGCUUACAUCAUGGGUCGAUGCAAGGAGUACGAACGGUACGACAUCGGCCUCAGGAAAUGCUCCAGGAUCUGCAGGGCUGUUGAGAACCAGCCGAUCGAGGGCGAGUGCGGUAGCUACAUCAGGUGUGCUGAGGUUGGAAUUGGGCAGUUGGAACCCGUAAGGUUCCCUUGUCCACCUGGCCAAGGCUUCGAUACUGGUAAGAAAGUGUGUAGCCCGAGCGUUUCUUGCUCCGCUUCAUCCGGUAGCGAGGAAAGUAAUGCUGGUAAUGAGGACGGCGAAAAGGAUGAGGAUGACGAGGUCGAUGCUGAGGCUGGUGGUUCGCGAUUACUCUCUUUCCGCAUCAACAGUUCUGGCAAUUCGAACAGUAAUAACAACGUUUCGAACGGAGAUGACAGCACGAACGGUAAUUUAAUCAAUGGUAACGGUAACGGAAAUAAUACGAAUUCCGGAAACGUUGGAUCAGCCGGUCGGUCUGUUAUUGCUUCUCGUAUCAUCAACAACUCGGGGAGUAAUAACACGGACAACAGUAUUGAAAACGGUGACGAUAGAGUCGGCGGAAAUCUCGUGAAUGGUAACAACAACGGAAAUUCAGUAAACUCGGAAAAUGUAGGAUCCGGAAACCAGAAUAGGAUGGCAUCUCGAAUCAUCAACAACUCGGGGAGCAACAAUUUUAAGAACAAUGUCGAGAACGGUGACGAUAAAGUGGCAGGAAACCUCGUGAACGGUAACAACAACGGAAAUAAGGAAAGUUCGGGAAACGUCGGAACUGGAAAUCAGAAUAGAAUGGCAUCUCGAAUUAUUAACAACUCGGGGAGCAACAAUGUUAAGAACAAUGUCGAGAACGGUGACGAUAAAGUGGCAGGAAACCUCGUGAACGGUAACAAUAACGGAAAUAAAGAAAGUUCGGGAAACGUCGGAACUGGAAAUCAGAAUAGAAUGGCAUCUCGAAUUAUUAACAAUUCGGGGAGCAACAAUGUUAAGAACAAUGUUGAGAACGGUGACGAUAAAGUGAUAGGAAACCUCGUCAAUGGUAAUAACAAUGGGAACAGUGAGGACUCCGGAAACGUUGGAUCCGGAAAUCAGCACAAGGCUGAACCUCGAAUCAUCAGCAACUCAGGAAGCAACAACUGGCACAAUCAGAUUGAGAAUGGAAAUGGUAGGGUGACCGGAAAUCUCGCGAAUGGAAAUAACAAUGGGAAUAACAACAACUCGGGGAAUGUUGGUACCGGAAAUCGUGACCGCCGAUCGAUACUGGUCCGUAUUAAUAAUUCCGGUAACGAGAACAGCGUCAACAACAUUGUGAACGGAAACGACGAAAGCAACGGUAACCUCAUAAAUGGUAACGACAACUCGGGGAAUAGUAACGACGGAAAUAUCAGUUCUAGUAACCAAAAUGGUCCGUCUUCUCGUAUUAAUAAUUCGGGGAACACCAACGCGAACAACAGCAUUGCGAAUGGAAACGAUAGUUCUAACGGAAAUCUGGUGAAUGGAAACGGCAACUCGGGAAAUCAUAAUAAUGGGAAUGUCGAGACUGGAAACCAUGGAAAAUUGGUUUCGAGGAUAAUUAAUAACUCGGGAGACAGGAACAGCAAAAAUGAUAUCACAAACGGCGACGAUGUCGUCGUGGGCAACCUCAUCAACGGCAACAACAAUGGAAACAGUCAUUAUUCGGGGAAUACUGGAUCCGGUAAUCAGCAUGAACCCGCCGCUCGCAUCAAUAAUUCCGGAAACGACAACGCGAACAACAGUGUUGCCAACGGGAAUGACAGCAACAACGGAAAUCUCGUUAACGGAAACGGGAACUCGGAGAACGGAAAUUCCGGAAACAUUGGGUCUGGAAACCAGAGAAGAUUUGCUUCGAGGAUAAUAAAUAACGCGGGGGACAACAACAAGGACAACAAGGUAGCGAACGGCAACGACAGCGUGGGCGGAAACCUCGUCAACGGAAACUACAACGGGAACAGUCAUAAUUCCGGGAAUACUGGAUCUGGCAAUCAGCACAGAAUGAUUUCUCGCAUCAAUAAUUCCGGGAACAAUAAUGCGGACAAUAACGUUGCGAACGGUGACGACAGCUCCAAUGGAAAUCUGGUUAAUGGAAACAACAACUCCGCUAAUACAAACACCGGAAAUAUUGGCUCCGAGAACCAUGAUCAAGAGACCACAGAAUUCAACGAUGAUCAAGACCAAGGAUCAAUUACGGAAGAGCAAGCUUCCGGUAUGUUAGAAUCGAUCCACAAACUGGCGGAAUGGUUAAGAGAUAAGAUCUCUGACCGGAACCCACCGGAAAGCGAUUCUUCAAACUUGUUACCAACGGAGGAGAUUGUGGAUGAAGAUUCGGAGUCUUAGGAUCAAAGAAGACGGGAGUCAUUCCUUAACUCAGGCUUCAAUCGCUUCAC